AUGCCCUUCCUCAACGUCACCGGUGUUACGAAUACCCACUCGACCUUCAACAUCGCCUUCGGCGUGAUCAACAAGGAAGACAAGCCGGCGUACACCUGGGCUCUCGAACGGCUAGAGAACCUGAGAACCGAAAUCGGGGCAGAUUACCCGUAUGUCGUGGUCACGGAUUUUGAGAUGGCACUCAAAAGUGCUUCAGACAACGUUUGGGGGGACGUUCAGCAACAGAUCUGCCUCUGGCAUGUCAACAAGAACGUCUUUUUCGAGGUGAAGAAGCGUUGGGUCUGGGCAGCCGAUCAACAGCCCCCUGAGGAAGUGGAAGAGGUUGAUGAGACUGAUGAUCACGUUGACCCCAUCUUCCGGGACCUCGUUGCUGCUGCCGGGCGUGAAGAUCAGUCUGUCACGCUAGGUAGCUUGCCUACAAAGGUCGAGGACAAUCCCACCGGCUUCUUGAAGCUCUGGAAGCAUCUCUGUUACGCCGCAACCCCUGACGACUUUGUCGCAGCUUGGGUCAAAAUUCUCGAAGACUUUAGUCAACAGGAGGCCAUCAUUUCUUACUUGCAGACGACUCUAAGAGCUACUGAGAUCACGAGGGUUAGGGUCAGAGGCUCAACAUCGCCAACCGCCGACAUCUGCCACACUCAGAUCAAAUCCUCCAACUUCAACCAGGCACCCCGCAAUCAACACAGGGGCCCCACGAUCAUUGUGACGUACGAUCAACUGGGAUCUAUCUUUCGUCGGGCGCGUCACAUGUACAAGCCGACAGAGUUUUCAAUGGAGGCGGAGGAUGAGGAGGAAGACCCCGUUGAGGAGGUCGAUCAGCGGUUGGCCGAGGCACAGGACGACGCGCGCGGCCAGGCUGAGCGACGUAUAGCCAAGAUGGAGCGGCGCCUGGAAAACAUUCCGAUUACCUAA